AUGGCUGCUGUCACAUACCUGCUGCUGUUGUGGUCUGUGACGGGAUUUUCUGUCGCUCAGGGGUACACAGGUAACGGUGGAAAUUUUGCCGUCGACCUUGGAAACAUCCUGCCCACCUUGACUCGUCCUGCCAACGCCAGCCGCAUUUUCUAUGGGAUCAUGUUUGAUGCUGGGAGCACCGGCACGCGUAUCCAUGUCUACACGUUCAUUCAAAAAGACUCAGAUGGCUUACCCGUUCUGGACAAUGAAAUGUUUCAGUCAGUCAAGCCUGGUUUGUCUGCCUAUGCAGACAUGCCAGAAAUUGCUGGGUACACAAUCAGACAGCUCCUCAGGGUGGCUAAGAAGACAAUCCCUCGUCUGGAAUGGAAGAGAACCCCAGUCGUUCUCAAAGCUACUGCAGGCCUGAGACUGCUUCCCCCAGCCAAGGCUCAUGCUAUUUUGGAGGAGGUUCAGGAUGUCUUUGACGAAUCUCCAUUCUUUAUUCCUGAUGACAGUGUCACUAUAAUGAAUGGCACUAGUGAAGGAAUUCUAGCUUGGGUCACUGUGAACUUCCUUACAGGUCACCUGUACCCUAACACAAAAAAGACAGUGGGGAUCUUGGAUUUGGGUGGUGGUUCCACUCAGAUAUCCUUCCUGCCAAAAUCUAAGAAAACCAUUUCAGUGUCACCUCCUGAUUACAUCGCUAAGUUUGACAUGUUUAACACAACGUAUGAGCUCUACACACACAGCUAUUUGGGGAAUGGCAUCAAAGCAGCUCGGCUGUCAGCUCUCGGGGCUCUGGGGGCAAAAGGUCUUGAGUCGAAGGUGUUCAAAAGCUCCUGUCUACCUAAGAAAUUCAGAGACGACUGGACCUUUGGCGGACUGACAUAUAAAAUCAGUGGAAUCCCAUAUGGUUACACUGGAUACAAGUUGUGCUACCAGGAGAUGCAGAAAGUUGUGAAGGGUAUAAUACAUCAGCCCUAUGAGUUGAGAGACACUGGACUUUUCUAUGCUUUCUCCUACUACUUUGACAGAGCAGUGGAUGCUGGCCUUAUCGAUGGCACCCAAGGAGGAACAGUGCUGGUUCGAGACUUCAGAAAGAGAGCUAAGGAAGUGUGUAACAAAAUGUCCAGACACAGCACUAUGAGUCCUUUCCUGUGUAUGGAUCUCACUUAUAUUACGUGCCUGCUCAAGGAUGGCUUUGGUUUCAAAGAAAAUGCAGCACUACAGCUCACCAAGAAAGUGAACAGCGUGGAGACCAGCUGGGCUCUGGGAGCUACACUCAGUCAUUUCCAGAAUAUCAGGAUUCACUGA